AUGGACCAAUCUUACAUUAUGUUAAAAAAACAAUAUUCAUCGUUUUUUUUGGCACUUGUUAUGAUAUGUAUUACACGUACAGUUUUUGCGGUUGAAGUGAAAACUUCACUUGGUCUAAUUCCUACACCUGAUAUACCUGGUAUUCCGAAAGAAGGAAAUGAUUAUUCAAAGUUAUUGGCUUAUUCUUUAUAUUUCUAUGAGGCACAAAGAAGUGGUGCCUUGCCUCCAGAUAAUCGUGUAUCUUGGAGACAUAAUUCUGCGCUUGAUGAUGGGAAGGAUAGAGGCGUGAACCUAAGCGGGGGUUAUUACGAUGCUGGCGAUUACGUAAAGUUCACUUUGCCAUUAUCAUGGACACUGUCUGUCAUUUCAUGGGGUGCAAUCGAAUGGUUUGAUGGAUAUCAACUUUCAAAUCAAACUGGAUAUCUUCAUGAUAUGAUCAAAUGGGGAACAGACUGGUUGAUUGAAUCCCAUACUAAACCUGAUCAACUUUUCAUCCAGGUUGGUUCAAUACAUGGUACAGAUACAGCCGCAGAAACUGCUGCGGCUUUUGCUUCCUCAGCAAUUUUAUUUCGAGAUUUUUUUAAUGAUACUGCUUACGCCAAUACAUUAAUGGCUCAUGCUAUAAACAUUUAUUCUUUUGCUGAAACUCCAAACCUAACAUUAUCUACAAUUACAUCUAAUGGAAUCUAUGGAUAUAGUACUUCAGAAUUCUAUGACAAGUUGGUUUGGGGAGCUCUUUGGUUAUAUCGUCUCACUUAUCAGUCUCAAUAUUUAGAUAAGGCAAUAAAUUAUUAUAAUUUAUACAAAAACAAAUCACAUGCUACAAGAGUUAUGACAUGGGACGAUCAUAUAGGUGCUUGUAAUAUUUUAUUCGCCCAAACAUUCUCUGAUAAAUCAAAUGCCAAUUCUACUCAUUGGAGUAAUGUAACUGAAAGUUACUUGGAUGAUUUAAUUACAGAUAAUAAAACUUGUAAUUAUACAAAUGGUGGACUUUUAUGGUGUGUUAGUGAUAGUCCACAAGAUUCAAUACCUAUUUCUCUUUAUGGAUCUUUUGGAUUUCUUAUGUAUUCAUCUUACGCGUCUACCACAGAAAAAGCUACCAAAUAUAGAAACUUCGUAGCUUCACAACUUAAUUAUUUAUUUGGUGAUAACCCUAUGAAAAUGUUUUAUAUUGUAGCUGUUCAUCCAAAUUCUCCUAAAAAUCCUCAUCAUGCUGGUGCAAGUGGAGGAAUAGAUGUAGGAAAUUUAAGUGACCCAGCUGUGACAAAAUAUCCUUUAUACGGUGCUGUUGUUGCAAUUGAUUAUAAUUCCGCAUUUCAAGGUAUAAUGGCUUAUUAUGUUAUGGACACGUAUGUCCCACCAGACCAACUGCCGAAUGGAUCAAAAAAUCCAGAAAAUCCAGAUGCAAAUUCUAUAUCAACAUUUCAAAAUCUAAAAACUAUAAUUAUAAUUGUUGCCUGUAGUGUUUUCAUCCUGUUAUUAGUUUUAAGUAUGAUAGUGUACAAGUACAAAAAAACUGCUCUUUGUACAAGAAAUAAUCAAGAAAAACUAAGUGAUCUUGAGAAGAAUAAUAAAGAAAAACACCAGAAAAAACUAAAAGAUCUUGAGGAAAAUAAUCCGAAAGAAUUGGGAGAUCUUGAGGAAAAUAAUCUGAAAGAACCAGGGACUCUUGAAGUUCUUGAGGAAAAUAAUCAAAAAGAAUCAAGCGAUGUUGAGAAAAAUAAUUCGAAGGAACCAAGCGAUGUUGAGGAAAAAAGUCAGAAUGAACCAAGUAAUUUUAAGGAAAAUAAACAAAAAGAACCAAACGAUAUUGAAGAGAAUAAUCAGAAAGAAUCAAAUGAUCUUGAGGAAAAUGAAGAACUGAGAGAUCUUGAAAAAAAUAACCAGAAAACACCAAACGAUCUUGAGGAAAGCAAACAGAAAAUAUCAAGCGAUCUCGAAGAAAAUAACCAGAAAGAACCAGAUGAUCUUGAGGAGAAUAAUCAUAAAAUACCAAGUGAUCUUGAGAAAAAUAACCAGAAAGAACCAAACAAUCUUGAGGAAAACAAUCAGAAAAUAUCAAGUGAUCUCGAGGGAAGCAAUCAGAAAAUGCCAAGCGACCUUAGGGAAAAUAAUCAGAAAGAAUCAAACAGUCUUGAAGAAAAUAAUCAAAAAGAAUCAAACAGCCUUGAGAAAAAUAAUCAGAAAGAAUCCAGCGACCCUGAGGAAAAUAAUCAGAAAAUACCAAGUGAUCUUGAAGAAAAUAAUUAA